CACUGCACAACGAGCCAGCGCCAGCGCGUCGACGAAUACCCGUUUAGUACACUGACUGUUAUUUAGUGGAAUCACUUCCCUAUUCUUACCCUCUAUUUUAACACCUACUCCGUUAAACAGUCGUAGGAGUUGAAGCAGAAAAAUCGCCAUGGCAGCGCUGUCGGGUGGAGAGAGAUGCAUCAAGUAUCUGAUGUUCGCCUUUAACCUGGUGUUUUGGCUUGCAGGCACUGCUGUACUGGCUAUAGGUCUGUGGCUAAAACUGGACUCAAAAACCAAUAGCCUGUUUCAAGGAGAAGAUUCUCCAUAUGUGUUAUACACAGGUGUUUAUGUCAUGAUUGCCGUUGGAGCGCUUAUGAUGGUGAUGGGAUUCUUGGGAUGUUGUGGAGCAAUCCAGGAAUCACCAUUGAUGCUGGGGCUGUUCUUUUCAUUCCUGCUGAUCAUAUUUGCCAUCGAGAUAGCCGCUGGAUUCUGGGGCUUUUCAUACCAGAACAAGGUGUUGGAUCUGAUCAAUGGAUUCUACAGACAGACAUACGAAGAGUACAGUAAAACAAGAGAUGAGGGCCUAAAGGAGACUCUGCGUUUGAUCCAAAAUGAGUUAAACUGCUGCGGUCUCAAGGGUAGGAUGGGAGAAACUUAUCCUGAUCUUUGUCCCCCUGCGGAAAAUCUUGACAUGUUCAUUAUUAAGAGCUGUCCUGAUGCCAUCGACGAGGUGUUUAACUCCAAGUUACACAUUGUUGGAGGAAUAGGGAUCACAAUUGGGGUCAUUAUGGUGUUUGGGUUGAUCUUUACCAUGCUCCUGUGCUGUGCCAUCAGGAAAUCUCGGGAGGUGGUGUAGCACCCACUGGCAGUCAUUGUUAUUGUUGCAUGAUGUCAUUCUCAGAGUCUUCACUGCCAACAAAAAUAAAUCACUUAUUUUUAAGGAGGGUGCUAACCUAAGCUAAGAAGGGUUAACCUAAUUCUUACUGUAGAGAACGUGAAGGUGUGAUGCACUUGAUUUAAGUCAAUCUGGUUUAUUUAUGUACAGAGUUUUAAGAAUUGUGCUACUACACAGCAUAAAACAUUUCAUACUAACCUUCUGGUCAAUGUUUUUUUAAUGUAUAGACUGGCCUUUCCGGCACAGUAAUUAUCAAGUUCCAGCAUUAAGCCAAAUAAUUUUUAACAACAUAGAUAUAUGUAAAGCCAACACACAUUCUAUGGAGACAAAAAUAAAAGUUGGGUUUUUUUAUGCUACAAUUGGCUUACUUUAUAAAUAUGGUCCAAAGUGAAAGAGAAUUUUGUCAGUAAACAGAUUUUGGCAGAAUGUUUGCUUGUUUGUUUCUGAGCGUUUUUUUUCCAUCUUUUAUCUAAAUGAGACCAAAGCUAAUCAGAAGCUAGAAGAGGUUACCUCAAAAGACAGAGUUCAUGUCCCAACAUAAUUUCACAUUCUCCCAGUAUAUCAGUAAAUCAGCGACACCUUUGCUCGUAAGAUAGAUGCAAUGUUUUUACUAUAUCCAUGUAUAGAACGGGUGCCAUCUGCAUCAAUAGCAGUGUAGUACUGAAAUGUGUAAAUUUGUGGUUAUUUGACUGAAAUCGGCAUUUGUGAGCUUCUAACUAGCGAAACAGCAUGUCAGUGUGUAUUGAUGAUAUUGAUUUAUUGAUGGCGACCACUUUGGAUAUCCUGCUAAUGGAAACACCACCACUUCAGUGCAACACAGAAGUAAACAAGGCAACAAAACCGAUGAUGGCUAGCAGCCAAAUAAAUGCCAAGCUAAAAUCUACGAGAUAUUUGUGGUUUAAACAAGCUUGAUGUUACAGUAGCAUUCGGCUCAAUUUUUUUCUGGGAUUUAUUUUUUAAUUUGUGCUUGUUUGAAACGCCUUUUAUUUGUUUGUUUUUUUUUCAAUUUUUGUAUGUUUUAUAUUUCUGUUUGUACAUUUUUGGAUGCUUGGUGUGUGUAUGUUAUAUGCAGUUUAAGCAUUUUGCAGUGUCCUCUUGAUUUGACAGAAUAAUUUCAUUUAUACACUAUGCACUGUAACACUAUGUUAACAAGAGCCAAAUACAAUAAAGUGAUUUAAGUUGAA